AUGGUACAUGGAGAUGUGGGGGAACUUAUGGUUGCUGAUCUGAUCAACUCGAAUUUACAUAUUUGGAGGAAUGAGGAAGUGAUGGCUUAUUUUCACAAGGAAGAGGCAGAUGCUAUUUGUCAAAUUCCAUUGAGCAGAAGGGAUGUCAAUGAUGAUAUAAUUUGGCUGCAUAAUUCAAAGAGGCUGUUCACAGUUAAGUCGGCUUAUCACGUGGUUAGGAAGCUUCUAAUUGAUGGCAAUUGGGUAGGAACUUCAGGGGGAUGUGCUGAAAGGAAGUUGUGGACCGCAAUAUGGAAGCUUAAGCUUCCAAACAAAAUAAAAUUUUUUGGAUGGCGGGCUUGUAAUGACAUACUGUCGACUGCAAUGAAUCUGACCAGAAGGAAAAUUAUCAAGGAAAGCAACUGCCUUUUAUGUAUGAGAGAGUUGGAAUCAACGGUCCAUGCCUUAUGGGAUUGUGUUGCGGUUCAGGAUAUAUGGACUGGCAGCAUCAGAAAAUUGCAGAAAUGGAGUGUACAUGGACAAGCAGAUAUGAAGCAGCUGAUGGAAGCUUUGUUGGAGCGCCUAACGUUGGAUGAAUGGGAUCUGUUUUGGGCUCAAGCAUGGUUCAUAUGGAACCAGAGAAACUGUGUGGUGCAUGGAGGCAAAUUGAAGGAACUGAGCAGUCUUACUAAGAGAGCGAAGGAGUUUGCUGAUGAAUUUAAACAAGCCCAAGAUCAUUUAGCUGUUCAGAAUAGACAGCAAGUUAGUGGGGAUGUUUGGCAACCUCCAUCAACAGCGGAAUACAAAUUAAAUUUUGAUGCAGUAAUUUUUUCCGGCUUGGACAGAUUUGGUUUUGGUGCUAUUGUUCGAAAUGAAAAGGGUCAAGUCAUGGCUACUAUAUCUGCUAGUGGACCGAGGGUGAAUACAAGUGAUGAGGCUGAAUUGCUUGCUUGUUGUAGAGCUAUUGAAUUUGCCAUUGAUGUUGGGUUCUCAAGGUUGAUAAUUAAGGGAGAUAACAGUAAUGUAAUCCAAGCCAUUUCUUCUCCUUUACAAAAUUUUUCACUGUUUGGGAAUGUUGUUAAUGAUAUUAGGUACCUGCUUUGUGGAUUACGGUGGGUUAGAGUUGGCUGUAUUAGGAGAGGAGCAAAUAAGGUGGCACAUGUUCUAGCUCAAUAUGCUAGGAAUACAUUAGAUGAGGAUAUGUAUUGGAUGGAGGACUCUCUCCCACCAGCCUUAGAAGCCUUGUAUCAUGAUUGUUUAUCUCUUUGA